AUGGCGGAUCAGGCUUGCAUUCCGCGGUCCGGUGGCUUCGUGGAGGACCACUUCAGAGAUGCAAGUUGCCUGCGGCAAGCGAGCCAUUGCCUGCAGGAGGCUUUAGCUGCUGCGGCUGCUGACACUGGUGGAAGAGAGGUGCUGGUGCACGUGUACGAGCUCGUCGAGUUCGUCCGCAUCAACCAGAUCUUUGCGUCAGAGAUGAUGCCCAUCGGAGGUGCGCUCCAUGCGGGUGUUGAGGUUUACGGUCGAGAGUGGAGCUACGGAGGUGCCCCAGGCCGGCGAACCGGAGUGGUGUGCGAGGUGCCUCGGACCAAUCGCAAACACAGGUAUCGUGAGACGAUUUCGCUGGGCACCACGCGACUCAGUGCAUCGGAGGUGGCUCUGGUGAUUGGAGACCUGAUUGAGAAGUGGUUGGGCGAGGAUUAUCACUGGCUCCACCGAAACUGCCUUGCCUUUGCCAACGAGUUCUGUCGUAAACUAGGUGUUGGAAAUAUCCCAGCCUGGAUUGACCGACUGCCGCGAGGAGUUUGUGCGCUUGAUGAAGGCGUGCGGAACUUGGCAGAGACCGUGAGAGGGCUGGCUGAUGGCACCCGUGCAGCUGCACAUGCUCUAGCCGAAGGGCAGCUGGACUGUGUCCGAUGCCGGCCAGUAUGCUCCUUCGACCCAGCAUGUGCAACGCAGCAUGUGAACCUGGGCAGCUUCAUGGUCACGUCAGUGCCUGCCUCACGCGGAUCCGCUUUCGCAGCCCCACAAGUCCUCAAUGGUGGUCGGACACCCGGGCAUCUGGAAGCAGACAAGUGCUACUUGGAUGAUUUUGUCCCAGCCUGA